AUGGUAGAAAACACUGCUUCGCCCAGAGAUGCGGCUCGCCUUCGCUCUCUAGGUGGAAAAGGUGCUGGCUCCUGGCUUAACACGAUUCCAGAAUCAGCAAAAUUCGCACUCUCACCUUACGAAUUCCGUUUGACGUGUUUGCUGAGAUUGGGUCUACCUUUGCCGGCUGUCAGAUGGAUUGAGCAGUGUGAUUGUGGAACUGCAUUAGACGAAAUGGGAUACCACUUGCUGACUUGUAAGAAGGGUGGUGGGCCUGUUUGGUCACACGAUUCGAUAGUAAGUGAAUGGGAUGACUGUUUGCGGCAGCUGCAGAUUCACCACAAAAAGGAACCGAGGGACAGAUACAAUGAUAGCAACAACAGACCGGACAUCGCUGUCUUUGAUGUUGGCUCUGGUGCCAAUGUGGAACUAGAUGUAGCCCUUUCACAUCCAUGGGCAUCGGACAUUGUGAGUCAGGCUGCUGAGAAAGACGGGGCAGCAGCAGCAAGAAGAGAGGACAGGAAGACAAAAAAAUACAGUGAGCUAAAGCUCGCUGGAAUGUCUUCAAUGAGAUUUGUUCCCCUCGUCAUGGAACACUUUGGUCGCUGGGGUGAAGAAGCCACAAAGUAUCUACAGGAACUAUCUCGCCGAUCAUGUGAUGAUGCUGGCAACAAUAACUGCAAUGAGUUUAUGUGCUUUUGGCGAAAGCGGUUUUCAAUAACACUACAGCGGUGCAAUGCAAAGACAAUAGCAAAAAAAAUUUCUAUUCUUACCUUUAAUAGUUGUAACACUGUAGAUGACUUUGUCACACAAUUUUACAUACAUUAGGUAUAGAUAGCAGUAUAGUUGUAGUGGCCGCAUAGAGCCUGCUUAAACUCACCUUCUCUUCAUUAGCCUGUAGUAGUGUUCAUGUUUGAAAUAUAUGAGGAUUGACAGACAGACAGACAGACAGACAGACAGACAGACAGACAGACAGACAGACAGACACACACACACACACACACACAUACACACACACA